CUAAAAUACUGAUACACAACAAAAGUGCUGUGUAAUAUGGGCAAUGUGAAACAGUUUCGUUUCGUUGCCGUUCCAUACCGCAACACCCUCUCGCGAUGUCGGAGAGAAACCUCCCAUGACGUCUCGUUGAGAAGGCAAGCUGCCCUCUGAAAUGAGUUUUAGAACUGGGUAUUUGGAUUACUUUCGCCAUUGCCAUUGACCAGAAACACGAGAGAAGGAACGUUCAUGAUCCACUUUCAUGCACCAUCGGAAGCGAAGGGAAUUACGCGACAUACUAUCACACUCCAGUAGCCCUUCCCCCAUUCAGAAAUGUCAGCCAUACGAUGUGGGGUCAGUCCAACACGCUCAUUUAUACUUGCUCACGUCACAAAACAUAAACUUUCACCAAGAAACAGACCACCUGGCUCCGACCAGAAGGGACUAACCUUUCGUUCAAGCUGCACACACAGGCAUUUUGUGUCUGCAUCGGCACCUGUAUACCUGCGUGUCGGGUCUGGAGGAACUGGGAGCACCGAUGGGGCCGGAGAUAUGGGAGUCCGUGGUGGGACGGGUAUGGAGAGGGGAGCGGGCACGACACGCAGCACGGGUUCAGGAAACCGCGGAGACGGACACCUGUGCUGUCCAAAAUGUGGCAAUCCAUGCACACAUGUGGAAACUUUUGUCUCAUCAACUAGGUUUGUAAAGUGUGAAAAAUGCAAUCACUUCUUCGUCGUCUUGUCCGACAUGGACACAAAGAAAACUCUGAAGGAGGCACGCGUCAACUCUGAGAAAUUGGGUGGAACGGCGCGAAAACCUCCUCCUCCACCAAAAAAGAUCUACGAAUACCUGAAUCAGCACGUCAUCGGACAGGACUAUGCCAAGAAAGUGCUCUCUGUGGCGGUGUAUAAUCAUUACAAACGGAUCUACAACAACAUGCCUGCUGGCCCACCCACACGCACAGAAAGCACUGUUGUUGAUGGGCAGACACAUACUUCAUUCACGACAAGAGAUUUAUUGCACAUAUCUGGCAUUACACAUGGCAAUGCACUGGGUCUAGGCUUCCAGCCUCCAUCAGGACAGCAGCAACAGUCGGAGCAAGAUUCUCGUUCAAAUCGUGGUACCGAGGUGCUUGAAGCUUCAGAUGCCGAAAUCAGGCUAGAAAAAAGCAACAUCCUUCUCCUAGGACCCACAGGUUCAGGCAAGACUCUACUGGCACAGACAAUUGCUCGGUGUCUGGAUGUCCCUUUCGCAAUCUGUGAUUGCACAACACUCACACAGGCUGGCUACGUAGGUGAAGAUAUUGAAUCUGUAAUUGCAAAGCUUCUACAGGACGCCAACUUCAACGUAGAAAAGGCUCAGCAAGGCAUCGUGUUUUUGGACGAAGUGGACAAGAUAGGGGCUGUCCCGGGCAUCCACCAAUUGAGGGAUGUGGGUGGGGAGGGCGUACAGCAAGGCAUGCUCAAAAUGCUGGAAGGCACCCUCGUCAGCGUACCGGAACGCAGCUCCCGAAAGCUUCGCGGGGAAGCCCUCGUCGUGGACACCACCAAUGUCCUAUUUGUGGCUUCGGGAGCUUUCAACGGUUUGGACCGCAUUGUUGGACGAAGACGCAACGAAAAGUACCUUGGUUUUGGUGCCCCGGUGUUAGAGUCCCCAGGGAGACGGGCUGCGUCGCAAGCGGAACUGGCAAACGCAUCCCCCCACGUUAGCGCCAGCGAUGACAACGCCGAGCGGGACGCGCUCCUCCGCGGGGUGGAGGCGCGUGACCUCAUCGAGUUUGGAAUGAUCCCCGAAUUUGUAGGUCGUUUUCCCGUCCUGGUACCCUUCCACAGCCUCAGCGAAGACAUGCUGGUGCAAAUUCUCACAGAGCCACGCAAUGCGCUGGUUCCACAGUAUCAGACACUCUUUGGAAUGGAUAAGGUCGAGCUGACGUUUGCACCUGAAGCGCUGCGGGCAAUCGCUCACCAAGCAAUGGAGCGAAAGACUGGUGCACGAGGCCUCAGGGCGAUCAUGGAAACUAUCCUCCUCGACCCCAUGUUUGAGAUCCCAGGCUCCGACGUGGCCACUGUUCACAUUUCCAACGAAGCAGCAAUGGGACACUGCGCACCACUUUACAUCCGCGGUCGACCUGCAGAGAGAGUCUUUUACGACGAACCCUCUCCUCCUGACCAGGAGAGGGCAGUUAGCUCCUAGUGUCUCAAAAUUAGCAUAUGCAUCCCACUUCUGAAUGGAGCACAAACAGAUGUAUAAAAUUUGGAAUCGGCUCUGGAAGUUAGACAGUUAACGAAAUAGUACGCUGAAACCGCUUAAUCUUAAAUCGUAAUAUCAUUGACUCGGGGAGGUAAAGUCACGGUUGAGCAAUGGCGUGUACCCAUUCUUGUCCUUGCAGGAACGGUUCAGCUUUCAUGUGGUAAGGACAGUAUAGUCAGUGUGAUCUGGACUGAGUACCAAAACCUUCUUUCCUUCUCUCUGUACUUUCUUUUUGCCCUGUCCUUUUAAGAUUCUUUGGGAGAUCCUUCAUAUGCUUUGACAGAUCCAUAUCUGGAUUUACGGAGCUAACUUAUGCAAAUUGUAAUGUAAUCUGUAUUGUCCAGUGACAAGCUCUUUUUAUAUUUCCAUGCAGGCUUAGCAGCUGCCAUUUCAUAAAUUUGUCUGUCGCUGUUUUUUGAUGAGUGGAUGCCCUGACCACUAAGUUUUUAGUAUUUUGUUGGAGUUUCCAGGACAUUCGUACGUGUGUUGUAUGAUAGGUUCAUUUGGUCUGCGCAAAAAUCUGCCAUGAAAUUCUCCGCAGGACAUCUGCAAGACGCUCGUUACCACAGGUCGUUUGUACAGUUUACAUGCAGCUGGAAGUGGGUUGUGUGCUGUUAAAAAUGUAAAUUAAACAAGUUGAAUAUA